AUGGGUAUGUGGUGAGCUUAUAAUUCUUUUGCACAAGCAGAUCUGACUCUGAGGACACCUUCGCUUUAUCGACAUAAAGUAGUUACUUUUAAUUUUCUAAUGAGAGUUAUCAGAUUCCCGUCCAUGAGGUGUGCGCAUUACGAUAAAUAUAUGAAGCAUGCUGCCUUCACUUUGCAUCAUCUCUCUCUCUCUAGAUCUCUCUCUCUAGAUCUCUCUCUCUAGAUCUCCCUCUCUCUCUCUCUCUCUCUGUUUGUUCUUCUUUCUCCCAGAACGAUUUGCAUGGAACAUCAGUUUCCUAAGAUGGAGAUGAUCUACAUGCAAAACGAUCAUGAGUUGCCAUCUUAUGUUCAAGGAACGGCCGUCGACGUAGGAUCAAGCUUUUUUGGUGAUCCAAAUUAUAUCAUCUGGGGCGCUCUGAAUCAGAGAGCCCUUCAGGAACAUGGCGGUAACGGAUGCAUGAAAUCAUUAUCAUCAGCAUCACCUGAUAGUCUGUUUUCGGGUUCCGAUUCUACUUCUUCCACAGAUCAGGAGGCUUCUGUUUCCACUUUGACUAAAAACAUCCCUCGUUGCACCAAACAGAAUCUUAUCCAUAAACACCAUUUGAGUCCGUUUAUUUCAGGAUUGAACUCUGAUCAUGUACCUUCUGGAGCUUCAGCAUCAGGCCGUGCCAAAGAAAGCUUCAUGAUUCCCGUAAACUUUUUGGAUACGUUUCCAAAGCUAGCCCAAUCUCAAGUUUCUCAACCAUCUUCUCCUUCUUCAUUUUCAGUCACGUCCAAAUCCCCAAAUUUAACUUUAUUUCUGCAGGAACCUAUCAUCAUGUUAGAGUCACGAAAUGCAGAUGACUCGCCAGGCAAGAACGUUAACAUAAAGUGUCAAUCCAUAUCAUCAUCUUCCAACCCUUCGUUUCCUAUGUCCAAACCUGGCCAAAUUCCGUCCCAUCGGAACAACGAAUGGCACGGAAUCAAACGAGAUUUGAAAAACUACUCGUCUUGGCUCAGUACUUCCAAGACGCAGCCCAUGAAGUACAAUACACAAAGAAAGCAGGAUGAGCAACAGAAGACUGAUUUUUCAUCACAAGGGAAGCUAUUCAGGGGGGUGAGACAAAGGCACUGGGGGAAAUGGGUUGCUGAGAUAAGGUUACCAAGAAAUAGGACUAGGGUUUGGUUGGGAACUUUUGACACUGCAGAAGAGGCUGCCGUGGCAUAUGACACGGCGGCUUACAUGCUACGUGGGGAAUAUGCGCAGUUGAAUUUCCCAGAUCAAAAGCAUCAACUUCAGACCAAUUCUUUGAAUGGAGCCACAGCAGCCCUUCUCGAAGCAAAGCUACGGGGGUUAUCCCAAGGCAUUUCUGCCCAUACAAAGCCAACUGAGCCACCACAAACAUCACCAAAGAUUAACCAUCCAUAUGAUGAGAAUACCAAACUCAAACAUUUAAGCCAGAACCCAUCAAGAAAAGACUGGCUGCAGUUUGAGACGUUGGAGAGCAAAGUCGGUUCAGAGAUAUUGAUUGAGAGCAAGAAAAGUACUCAAGAGGUAUUGUCAGAUGUGGAUGCCGUUGAUCAGUUAAGUAGAAUGCCCUCCUUGGACAUGGACAUGAUCUGGGAUUCUCUUUUAUUCUCAGAAUCAUGACCAUCAGUACUCCUCUAUACCCUACAUUUUCAUGUUCCAACUGCACUGCAAAUGUUAUAGUGUCUGUGGAUAGAGUUCAUCUUCGUGUCGGUAUGAUGUUUUUGCUUUGAAUCGCAGAAUCAAACAUAACCACAAACCAUUUAUCUUUCAGUAGGAAGACCUGCCGCCAAUAGUUUUUAUCGUUUCCCCAUAAAUGGUUGUAUUAUAGGUUCUAAUGCCAUCUUUGAUCUCCAUGAUCGUAGUUGCUUAAAAGGAUCUUCUUUAUGCAGUUAUUUCCUUUUAUUUUCCCCUUUAAAUUCCUUUUUUGCUCUUCGUAAUUUGUUUGUUUGUUAAGUCUAUUUUAUUCUGUUAACUACUGCCACGGGAAGGUCUUGUAACUUUGGACUUAGAAUGUGGGAAGAGGCUUGAUGGACCCCUUCCACCUAGGUCGUACUAGGCCUGUUAAAGGACCUUUAAGUACUUGGGUAAGUACUAAGUGUGGC